ACAGCGAGGAUACAAGCAGCGAGCGGUGACAACGAGGACCAGUAAGACGUGCGUCGCAACAAGCCAAGUGCUAGACAUGGAGAUGCUCGCUAAACUCGUGUUCCCCAUCGUGAUAAUCUCCGUGCUGGUCGCUUGCAGUCCGGCGGAGGCAUGGUACAAGCAGGUGGCCGGUCCAAGUUACUACUCGGUGGGCAGGGCGUCCGGCUUGCUGUCCGGUAUCCGGAGGUCUCCAUACGUCAGAAGAGCAGAGCCGGACCCGUCAGACAACGGAGAGUCUGCGACCAACAGCGUGUUUUCUGAAAUAACUCCGCAAAAUUCCAUCCUGAAGACAAUGCCUGUUUGUAUCAAAGACAUUACACCAAACCUGCAGAGCUGUCAACUGGUCCAGGAACUCAAAGGUUCAUUUAAGUGCAAAGCAGAAGUCUUCCUCUCUCUGGACUUCUCAGACUGCGCAAGAGACUGAGCUGUAUACCCGGCAGCUGGGCUGGAUGAUAAAGCCUACUUCUUGAAGGCCUGACUCUAAAAUAAAAAUAAAACUGUUCAUUUCUCCAACUUCAUGUUUAACAUUGGUGUUGCACUAGAUGGUAGACCUGCUAUUUUUAAUUUACCAUUUCACCAAUUUAUUUAUUGAUUUUAUGAUACACGUAUUAAUUUUAAUCUGUAAAUGUAUCAAG